GGAGACUGCAGCCAGUAGUGCGACGUGGAGGUCCCCAGGACGUUAGUGGACAAGAAGCUUCGAAAAUCCCAAGCCCAGCACGUGGAUUUCCCGCCCAAUUUGACACCAGAAAGCCGCAGAAAAAACGCUGAAAGCCAUGGAAGACGCCAAGCACCUUCACCGUCGCUUGCUUAAGUUCACUCGCGGCGACGUAACGGACCAGGUCGAGGCGCUCGAGGUAUUGCGCGGGCUGGAGAAGACUACGGUCACGUAUGCCAUCCUCAAAGAGACCAAGAUGGGCCACACGGUCGGCAAGCUCCGCAAACACGAAAACGAGAAGAUCGCGAGUCUCGCGCGACUGCUGGUCAAGUCGUGGAAGAACAUGGCGCUGUCCCCUCGCCCAUUGGUGUCCGAUCCGGAGCGCAAGGCGUCGAGCAGUGGUAACAGUAACAAGACAGAGGUGUCUUCUAAGGUCACCUCAGGCUCAAACGGACUAAAGACGGCUCCAAAGCCCGCAGGAGCUCGGCCUAGCUCCGCACCAUUCAUUCCCGCGGGUCUGGACAAGGUGCGUGCUACGGUUCGCACUAAACUCAAAGAGAUCCUGGAGGCUUCUGAAGGUGGAAACCCGGGCGAAGUCGCUGCUGCUAUCGAAGUGGCCAUGGCCAGAAUCUACCACAUGGGAGCUCCUGGAGAGCAGAAGAAGGAUUACAUGGCCAAAUACCGCCAAUUAUCAUUUAAUCUGAAGAAGAACGGAGAUCUUCGCCAAAACUUGCUGGACGACAGUGUCAGUGGAGAUCAACUGAUCAAAAUGUCCGCUGAAGAGCUGGCGACGGAGGAGAAGCGAGCGCAGAUCGAGAAAUUACGUGAUGACGCGUUCCAAGAGGCUCGAUUAGACUGGGCAGAGGCCAACCACGAGAAGAUCCAGAAGCAGACCGGUACGGAGGGUACCAAGGGUCUGUUCACGUGUGGACGCUGUAAGUCGUCCAAGACCAGCAACACACAGAAGCAGACGCGUAGUGCCGAUGAGCCGAUGACAGUAUUCGUCAUGUGCCAUAACUGCGGCAACCGAUGGAAAUGCUAGUGUAGCCAUUGUCGGUCGUGCCGUGCUCCUCCCUCCCACUUAGCCUUCGAUUUGUUGCUUCUUUUUCUUGCAUUUUUCGAGCCGUGGUACUUCUAAACUUCGCUGCAUCACAAACCGUGCAAAAAAUGCCACGGCUACGGGAGGGGAGGAUGCAUAUACGUUUGUAUGCGCUCACACAUGAUAGCGCUGCAGUCUGACAACUGUCAUGGUGCUGAAAACGUGCCUAGCUUUCCCACUCGAUGCGGCAAGCGUAUCCGAAAGCUCUACCCGAGUCCACGUCGACGGCUAAAACGUUCUGUUGGCACCAGUUGUGUGUAGAUUCUUAAUUUGAGCUCGAUUCCCUUUAACUUUGCGUUUGAUUCUCAGUUUGUCCUUGUG